AUGAUUCCUACUUCUGCUGUCUUCCGCGGUACUGCUCGCAUCACCAUUACCGGGCUCCUCACAGUGUCGUUCUUCAAGAAAGCGGCUGUCGACCACGCCGCCCAGGUCAUUCACACAGCGGACAAGGUCACCAUUGUCACCAUUGGUCUCGCCGCCGCCGACCUCUGCCUCUCGACGGCGAUCCUCAUACUUGCAUCCGACAGAACUGCACGGAAGCUAAUCAGCGGCGACUUUAAUCAGUCCAAGGAAAACUCACCAUCCCUCCCUAGCAAUAACAUGACCGACACCUCAUCCCCCCCUACUUCCCCACCCAUGGACUCAACACCCUAUAUUACACCUUUCACCGGCACCACUCCAGUUCCGAGACAGAAGCGUCUCUCUAUGGAAUCGCAUACAACACUUGUGGCCGACGAUGACGUCGACGACAACAAUUCCUCCGAGUCGGACUCCGGAUUCUUUGUUAACGAAAGCAAGAAGCCCCCCGAUACGGAGCGCAUCCUCAAACGGCGCCAACAACAGCACCGUGUUCGUUUACGUGCUGCCCGCGCACGCUCUUACAUUGGCCACCUUGAGCAACUUCAUGGCGAGAUUCUCGUCGACCAAAUGGCUCUCGUCGAUGGCUGGGCCGACGCCAUGGCAAAACUCGGCCUCACCUCCAUACGGACAUCGGCCUCCCUCGCUGUCCCCUACGACUUGGGCAACAUUGUCCACGAGGUUGAAGGCCACCGCCGGCCGCGCACACUCUAUCUCCAUGCGCCGCCCAGUACCUCCGCGAUCUUCGAUGUUAUAGGUCUCCUACGACCAAAUCCCGGCCUCCUUCUCUGUCCCCUACGACCUGGAGCUUUACCGCCCGAGAAGUUGAAGGCCACCGCACAGCGUUCGUGGUCCUGCACGCACAUCUAA